AUUCAGUUUCAUUCGUUCGAUCGGUCAGUUCGGGGAAGAGAAAAAAAAAGCUAUAUACGGUUUUUACCAAGUAAAGGCUAUUAACUACGUUGAUCAAUAGCAGUUUACAAAAAAUAUAUAUAGUGCAAACACGGUUCUAUUUAUCAUUUGGAACGUGAAUUUUUCUUCAACUCUUUUUUCCUUUUUUUCCGCUUGUAAACGUUCAACCAAGGAAAAUGUUCCGUUUUAUUGUGUUAGCCUCGGUGCUUGCGCUCAGUGUACAAGGGCAAUACAAUCCAGAUUCAAAGAACGCUGCUAUAAUUAGCGAACAGCGUUACUUACAGGGUGAUGGUCAAUUUGGAAAUGCCUACGUACAAGAAGACGGAAUAGAAUUCAAGGAAGAGACUGAUGCUGAUGGAACUCGUCACGGACAAUACUCUUAUGUCGAAGCAAAUGGACAGAAACGCACCCUCUAUUAUACCGCUGGCAAAAAUGGAUUCCAAGCAAGUGGUGAUCAUUUGCCAGUCGCUCCACCAGCACCAGCCCAUGCAACAUUAGCCGCUCAACAAGCCGCUCAAUACAAUGCCCAGGCCAAGAGCUACGAUUUGGGUGGUGCUGACGGUUUUGAUGAUGGACAAUACGAUCCACGUUACAAUGAUCCACACUUCCAAGGAAACCAAAAUCACCACUACACUGCACCAGCUGCACAACCUCAGCCACAAUACGUAGCACAACAACCACAACAGGCAGCACCUCAACCACAGCCAAACUACAACCAAAACAACAUCAACUACGUUGCCCAAUACCAAUCGACAACACCAAAUCCACACCGAUUCCAACCACCAGGUAAAUUAUCAUUGAGCAGGACGCCAGAUGGUUUCAGUUACAGUUUCAACAAAGCUUAGAAAAACCGUUCCAAAUUAUUUUUUAUUUGCUGUAGUUUUUUUUUUCUUCGUCCGUUUUUAUUAUUUCUUUUUUACUUCGUCUUGCUUCUAAAAAUAUGUGAAGCAAACAUAAAUAACUAUCGUCUUUUUUGUACUAUGUUGUUUUCUCUUUAGUACUAUUUUUUGUUUUGUUUUAUAUGUGUAAUUCGAAAUUCAUCAAAAAUGUACACACAUCAAAUUCAGAUACUUUACACACAAACGCUUUAUUUCUGUCGCUUUCAGAAAAAAAACUCAACAAUUUUAUAGAAACCACAAGUAGUUUGCAAAAAACACACAGAAGAAACCUUUUAAUAUCGACACUUUUUUCUCUUUCUGCUUUCUUUUUAGCAAAUUAUGAAAUAAAAUAUUAAUGCUGCACGAAACACAAGUAGUAGAAAUUCACAUAAAAAGCAAAAAAAAAAUCAAA